GUGCAACAACGCUUGUGCCGGCAAAAGUUGUAUGUGUCCCGAAUUCUUGUUCUAUCAAUUGCCUUUGAUGAUUGUGUCCAGAUUCAUUAUUUGAGAAGAAUUAUUAAAUAUGACCAGUAACGCCAAAAGAACUAUAUACGUUGGUGGAUUGGCCGAAGAGGUUGACGAAAAAGUGCUUCACGCUGCUUUUAUCCCCUUUGGAGAAAUUGUAGACGUUCAAAUUCCCCUUGAUUAUGAAUCUGAAAAACACCGGGGUUUUGCUUUCAUCGAAUUUGAGGUAGCAGAAGAUGCAGCUGCAGCUAUCGAUAACAUGAAUGAUUCUGAGCUUUUUGGAAGAACAAUCAGAGUGAACAUAGCAAAACCGCAAAAGAUAAAGGAAGGCUCUUCGAAACCUGUUUGGGCAGAUGAUACCUGGCUUCAAGAGCACGCUGGAGAAACUCUUGAGACUGAUGAUUCUGCAGCAAAAGUAGAGAGUGGACCACCACCAGCCAAAAAAGGGAAACAAAACCCUCAGGUUUAUUUUGACAUCAGCAUAGGGAAACAAGAGCUUGGACGAAUUAUCAUGAUGCUAAGAGCAGACAUUGUGCCUAAGACUGCAGAAAAUUUUAGAUGCUUAUGCACACAUGAAAAAGGAUACGGAUAUCAGGGCAGCAUUUUACACAGAAUUAUUCCAGAUUUCAUGUGCCAAGGAGGAGAUUUCACUAACCACAACGGAACUGGAGGGAAAUCAAUUUAUGGCAAUAAGUUCGAUGACGAAAAUUUUGAGCUCAAGCAUACGGGACCUGGAACUUUAUCAAUGGCAAAUUCUGGUCCUAAUACGAAUGGUUCCCAGUUUUUCAUGUGCACAGCCAGAACCGACUGGCUCGAUGGAAAACAUGUGGUUUUUGGGCAUGUUCUUAGUGGACUCGAUGUACUCAAAAAAAUGGAAAAGUGUGGAACUAAGGGAGGUACUCCGACGCAGAAAGUAGUUAUUACUGCAUGUGGUGAACUCACGUGAUCUUGACGAGAUUAGAAGUAACAAUGGAAAGUUUCGGGGAAUAGCUUCUCUGUACAAAUCGAAAAAAGAGAAUGGAUUUUUGACUGUAGAAACAGCCA